AUGGCACCAAGAAGAUCAACGAAGCGCAAAGCAGACCAGAUCUCCACGCCCACCCCUCCACCACCAGCGAAAACCAUCAAGACAGACCCAGCCCAAAAAUUAAGCGAACGAUACUACAUUUCCCCCGUAGACCACUGGAAUGACCCCAUCAGCUGGGAAGGUCCGGUAGAGGAAGCACUGAUGUCAAGACAUAGUCCGAUGAUAGUACAGGCCAUUGUCGUGGACAAGAAACGAGGUAAAGGCUGGGAGAUGCUGAAGGUAUUGAUGAGUUUUAAGAAGGUGGAUUGGAACCCGCUUCCGCGCCAGGUGUGUGGGAGCAGUGUCGAGGACGACGAAGGUAUGCCCGUGAGUCCUGGGGCGAUUGCGACGUUCGGGCAGAUGAACGAUGCGGAGCGUGAGCAGUAUCGGGCUUGGCAGGAGGGGGAGUUAGAGAGCCAUCCGUUAAGGUAUGAUCCUGAUAUCAUGUUCCCUUUCUAUGAAGGGAUACUGAGGCUUUUUGGGUUGCGGCAGGUACCUUGA